UCCAUUUUCUCAGGAAAAUUGUUGUUUUGUAACCGAUUAAUUUGUGAUUUUUUUUGUUAUCUUUAAGCUUUUCUAAUUGACAAAUUCUUACUCUUUCUUUAUUUUCCCGAGAAAAUCUCAGACUUCUUGAUGACUUCUUGAUUUUCUUGAUUUUUUUUUGAGUUUUCUCAGGAAAAUUUGUGUUUUGAGUAAGUUUUACAUUUCAACUUUGCAGAUUCUUGUUAUCUUUAAGUUUUUGUAAUUGACAAAUUCUCACUCUUUUUUUAUUUUCCCGAGAAAAUUUCAGACUUCUUGAUUUUCUUGAUUUUUAAAAAUUUUCUCAGGAAAAAUUCUCAGACUUCUUGAUUUUCUUGUUUUUUUUUUGUAAUUUUCUCAGGAAAAUUUGUGCUUCAAGGAGGUUACGUUUCUAUUACGGACCGUUGAUUAAACACGAUGAUUCAAAUGGAUGGUGGAGAUAGGUUAAGAGUGACGUUACUAGACCGUAUGUCAACGGUGGAGAAUGGUCGGAGCUCGGUGACACUAGAAGAUAUUCUCAUGGCUGAAACUAGUAGUUUCCGAUCAUUAACUGCGCCGCCGUCUCCGACGAGGAACCACUCUAAUGGUAGUUUACAUGACGUGAUGAGAAGAGAGCGCCGCCGUGAUAAAACCGCUUGGAAACUUUUCCGAGAUAAGCUCCGUCUUAAACGCACCUCUACUGGUUGGAUCUCGUCUAAUCCUAUUCCUGUAUUGGAUAGUCCUAUCCGUAAUGUGGAUAGUGAUAGUCACCGGUUAAACCGUCUUGGUUACCUCCUCUCUAACUCGGAGACUAACCGGAGUAGUAAUGGAGGAGAUGAGGCGGCCGAGCGAGAAGGCAGGCGUCGGUUAAGCACCGUGUUGGCCGGAGAGAGAGAGGAAGUGCAGCCGCCGAGGAUGUCACUAAUGGAGUUGUUGGAGGAUAAUGAUGGACAAAUGUACGAUGUCGGCGAGAGAGAAGCGGUGGCGGUGGAGGUGGAGGCGGAGGCGGAAGUGGAGGGAAGAAAUGGUGGUUGUGGAGGAGGAGAGGCGGUUGGGGUGACGGGGACGGCGACGGUGGAGUUGAGUUGUUGUGUGUGUAUGAUAAGGAGUAAAGGUGCGGCUUUUAUACCGUGUGGACAUACGUUUUGCAGAUUGUGUUCGAGAGAGCUUUGGGUACAAAGAGGGAACUGUCCACUAUGUAACACUACCAUUUUACAAGUUCUUGAUAUUUUCUAGCUUAUAGCUUCUUCUGUUGUAUAUUAUUAUUAUUCAAGUGUUUUCUAUUGUUUCCUUCA